GAGCCUGAUGCCACGGACACUGGAGGGGCAGAUCACAAUGGAGAAGACCCCCAGCUACUUCGUCACCAAGGAGGCUCCCCGGCGCAUCUACAACAUGUCUCGGGACACGAAGCUGAUCGUGGUGGUGCGGAACCCCGUCACCCGUGCCAUCUCGGACUACACACAGACGCUCUCCAAAAACCCUGCCAUCCCCAGCUUCCAGGCCCUGGCCUUCAAAAAUGUCAGCACGGGACUGAUCGACACGAGCUGGAGUGCGGUGAGGAUUGGGAUCUACGCCAAGCACCUGGACAAUUGGCUGCAGUACUUCCCCCUCUCCAAAUUCCUCUUUGUUAGUGGGGAGAGGCUUGUCAGUGACCCGGCUGGAGAGAUGGGCCGUGUCCAGGACUUUCUGGGUCUCAAGAGAGUGGUGACGGACAAACAUUUCUAUUUUAAUGAGACCAAGGGCUUUCCCUGCCUGAAGAAGCCGGAGGGUGGCAGCAAGCCCCGCUGCCUGGGGAAAUCCAAGGGGCGGCCGCACCCCAAAAUAGACAUGCAGGUGGUCCAGCGACUGCAGGAGUUUUACAGACCCUUCAACAUGAAGUUUUAUCAGAUGACAGGGCAGGACUUUGGGUGGGACUGA